AUGUACUUCACCAACGCCUUCAUCGCCGCUCUCGCCGCUCAGGCUUUCUCCCGUGACAGCCGCAUCAGCUCUUCCGGUGCUGGAAAGCUUGCAGCCUUGAUGGCUCUUGGUGCUACUCCAGGAAGCGCCCUGCCAAUCUUUACCACUAUUGAAGUCCGAGAGCCUCACCACCAGGGAGGCCAAAACAAACAGGGCCAGCAAGGUAACCAGGCGGCUCAGGCAAACCAGAACCAGAACGGUAACAACAACAACAAUGCCGCAAACAAUGCAGCAGCCAAUGCGGGAUGCAACGCCAAGCGGGACGAGGACGAACUUGUUGCUCGCCACCACCAGGGUGCCCAGGGUGCUCAGGGAGGCAACGCCAAUGCUAACGCCAACGCCAAUGCCAACAACUGCAACGGCGCCAAUGCCAAUGCUAACAACAACAACAACAACAACAACAACAACAAUAACAACAAGCGUGACCUCGAGACCAGGCAUCACCAGGGUGGCAAGAACAAGGCCAAGGGCAAGAACAACAAGCGAGACCUAGAGACCCGACACCAUCAGGGUGGAAAGAACAAGGCUAAGGGCAAGAACAACAAGCGAGACCUUGAGACUAGACAUCACCAGGGCGGACAGAACAAGAACGCUGCUGCUAAUGGGAACGCUGGUAACAACGGAGCCAACGCCAACAACAACGCCCAGAACAACGCUCAGAACAACGCUCAGAACAACGCCAACAACAACGCCAACAACAACGCUCAGAACAACAACAACAACCAGGCCAAUGCCCAGGCCAACAACGCUGGCUGCAACGGCAAGCGCGAUUUGGAGGCUCGACACCACCAAGGAGGACAGAACAAAGGUGCCAAUGCUGCUGCUGCCAACGGUUGCAACAACUAA